CCCGCAUCAGGGAUGAUGGAAAGCGGACACGGGGUUUUCCGCCCACGGCGUACCCCGCUUUUCCACUUACUGUUCAUUCAGAAACCGACCGCGGCUGGUUUGGCUUUGGCGCGUAUUGUGUCUCAGUCGCGCGUACCGUGCACACUCACGCCACCUCACGUCGCUGCUCCACCGCUGUCACCAGUACACGGAAAUCAUCGACCAGAGUUCAGCGUUACACUGGUACCCGAAAAACAAAUGAUGUGCCGUUACACACUAUUGCUGUCCGCCGGAGUUUUAGCGAUCCUGUUGGCAAACCGUGGGGAAAAAUGUUUUGUCCAGGGCUUACCGAUAUCCGAAACUUACGAUAUACCAAUGGAUAAAAAUGGCCUUUCACUGGUUCCACAGCCACGAUCUAUUGAUCAGGAUGUUCAAGAGUUGGAGAAAUUGAAAGCUCCAACGGGAGCGCUGCCUGAAUCAAUUUCAAUGACGAAAACACACGAGUCUUCGUACGUGAAUAACAAUGGCAAAGAGAUAACUGAUGCUAAAAUAAAACAACAACUAAUUAAAAACGGUGAGCUGAUGGCCAAACUGGAACAAAAAAUGUCGUCGAAAAACGAGCACAACGCCGGCGGUCGGCCCGAUACAAAAGUACAGUUGUCGGUGGACAUACCGAGCAAGGGCAUACACAAACAGACGAUGUACGCGUCGGACGGCGAACCGCCGCGAAAACGGGACGGCAAAUACAGAGAAUACGACAAAAAAAACUACGACACGCAGUUCCCUCCACCAGUGUCGUCUUACUUCAACGUGGAAGCGACACCCGAGGAUAUGGCGGAAUACAUUUUCUUCACAAAGGACUUCAAGUCGGUGACGCAAGCAAUCGAGAAAUUAAUCCAGGAUGGAAGGUUGGAUCGCGAAUCGGCGUUGGCCUACUUAGACAAGAUCGACAGGGAGCUGUACCGACUCGACGCCCGUUACUCCGACCAAAGCGUGGAAUUAACAAACAAAGACAUCGAAAACCCGAUAAAAUUCCAAAAGAACUAUGAAUCUUCCGAUUUCAAUGACAUUGAUGGAACGUUGACCGAACUAAAAGAAAUGCAACAGAUACUCAGAGACAAGUAUAGCAAAAAAAGUAUCGACUUGGAUGAAGAAGAUUACAACUCGAAACGAAUUCGAAAAAUCUUGGAAGCCAAACUACGCAUGUCUGAUUCGCAAUAUAAUCGACUUUUGGAAACGCUAACAGCUCCGUCGGACUAUGCAUAUGCCCAGACGAUGAUGGACGAAAUUAUUUAUCAACUAGCUAAGCUCAUGUUUAACCAAGGACUUUUCAUUGGUGGAUCGGAAGCUCAAGAAUCUUUGCAAAAGUUCACGGACUUCUUGGAAACCGAAGCGAGCCGAGGAAGGAUUUCUAGAGCCCUUGAAAAAAAAAUAUUGGAUUUACUGAUAACUUCGCUUUCGGAUACAUUGACCGAACACCCGGAACUGAUGGCCGCCGCCAAGGAAGGUUUUAGCAAAUACCUAGAUGCCUAUCCCAAUUCAGAAUCAAACGGUAUCCAUCAGAUGAAAAACGACAAGUUUUCUGCAAAGACGAGAAGAGACAUGGAGACUCCAGUGAAAAGUCAGCUAAAUGCUGACUUGGAAACGACCGUGGUAAAGCGGAGCGUGAAGACGUCCGGUAUCGAAGACAACGAAGUCGGAAGCGUAGCGGCGAAAAAUUAAAAAAUAUAUAAACAUAUUAUUAUAUUAAUCUCAACGUCGUAGACUAUUAAUUCAAACAAAUUAGGAAUAUCUCCUCCCGAAUAAAAAAAAAUAGUCUCAUAAUAUUCAUUACAUUUAUAUUUUAUUAUUUAAUAUAAUAUUAUACAUUUGUGUGUGUGUGCAUGUCCGAGUGUGACGUUCCCGACCACCACUCCCGUACUUAUAUAUACUUCCUCGUCGACCUAUAUUUCUAUAUUGCUGGUCAUCCCUCUCUUUCCGUCAUCUCCUGACACUCAAUAUCUCGUUUAGGUAAAUUUUAAUUUUAAAAUAUUAUAUUAUACUUACAAACGACUCUAUAAAAUAUAUUAUAUUAAAUGAUAUCUCUAUUUUUACGUGUAACGCGUGUUGGGUGUGUGCAGUGCUAUAUACAUUUUGUGAUUUGUGAUAAUUUAAUUAUAUUACUAUAUACAUAACAUUAUACUAUACCAUUUAUAUAGUGUUUAUCAUAUUUAACUAAUUACCUAUUAUAAUAAAUAUAGAUAUACACAUAUUUAAUAUUAUAUCAAAUUAUAUUAAAGACAUAUUCGUACAUACCAGGGACGGCGAACUUCAUAGUAUCUGUGUGUCAAAAACAAAAAUCUUUUGUACUUAACAGGCGUGUUGGUAUGAAAUGAUAUUUUAAAAAUACACAAACUUAAGAAUCCAAUCAGAUAUUACCAUAUCAGAUGUCACAUUUAAACUUUACAUUAUUAAUUAUUCACUAUUGCCAUUGAAUAUAGUACAAUAAUAUAAUCAAUGCUAUUAUCUACACAUUAAUAUGAACACAUAUAAUUUGUAUUGAUACAUAUUAUUUAAAAUGUAGUUAAGUAUUAAACACUAAAAUAACAAAAUCUAAAAGAGGUAUAUUUUUCGAAUGUAUUAAUUAUAAAUUAGUUUUUAAUGAGACAUUUGUUGCUGCAUUUGUCCGGCUAAUGAAUCAAUCCUGGGAUUACAAUUAGUAAAUUUUAAUUGCUGCACUGUUAAUAUCUGUGUCAAGUCGAUUUCUUAAGGCUCGGUCAAACAGAAAGCGGUGUAGGUAUGGGUACGUUGGUCCGGUUGUGUUAUUUUACAGUUUCCGCGCGGGCAGACCGCUUUGUGUUCGACUGAGCCUUGUGGAUUUGAUCAAGCACUUGGUGGAAAAGGCUAAUUUUUCAAGGAAGAAAUUAAAUCGGAAGACUUUUCCACUCAAUAAGAGCAGUAUUGUAGAGUCACAACUACGAGAUAGAAAUAAUAUUAUAAAAUUAACUAUUGGUAAUAUAAAAAUAAUAUAGAAUUUAUUAUAAACGUUAAAAAUGAUUAGGUAUAUCAAAUUAUUUUCAAUUAGAACAUCUGUUUUUUUUUUUAUAGAAAUUGGAGUAUAAAUUAUGAAUUACAUUUUAUUGGCGAGUCACUCAAAAUAGUAAACAGGUGCAAUUCUGUGACACGAGUGAUACAAGUUCGCCAUCCUUGGUAUAUACCCCCCCCCCCCCAAGUAUGCAAAAAAUGUAGGAUCUAACACGUUUUUAAAAACAAACUUUUUUCCCUGUCACCGUUUAUUGUUUAAGAUCGGAGUUAUUUAGCAGCGGCCAAUAACGAUUGUUAAUUAUAUUGUAAGUAUAAUAAUAUAAUAUUUCAUCAAUAUUGUUCUCGUUAUACCGACUACCGUUGUAUUAAUAAUUGUCACGGCGAGCAUGAUGUGCAGCAACCUAACGGUGCUCCCUUAAAAUUUAAACCCUUAUAUUUAUAUUUAUAUUUAGACAAAUUGAACGGAUGUGGUUAAGUAUUUUUACACGUCAAAUUAUAGUACAUACCUACUAAUAUAGCCAAUAUACGUAUUAUAUGUGUAGAAACGAUUCUUAUACGAUUAAAAUAUAAUAUGUUAGCCCUUUACAAUAUUUUAUAAUAGAAAUAUAUUAUAUAAUUAUAUUGCGAAAGGCGUCCGAAAAAUAAAACGAACGCAAAUUAACAUUACAUGAUUAAUAACAUAUUGUAUUACUUACCAGAUUCACGAUUAAGUCAAGGUCCAAUUUUAAUCUUAUUAUUUAAAAAAUAUAUUAUAUUAUAUUAUACAACAAUACUCGCGUGUCCUGCGCCUACAUAAUAUUGGUUUUCUGUAAAUUAAUUAAUUAUAUUAUAUCACGAUCGGUAUAUGUAUUGUGUAAUAUUUUAUUUAUCAUUAUAAUAUAUUAUACAGACAUGUUUAAAUAGAAAA